AUGCCUGCUUUGCUCAUUUUUCAAGAGAAAAAUGGCCAGAUCCCGAACCUUGUAAGAGAAAGACUGAAUAUUCCAGAAAAUGUCAUCAUAAAAUCAAAUAAAUCUGGCUACAUUUCUGACCAGAUUCUUAAUGACUACCUCAGAACAAUAUUGAGACGAGAAAACCAACUGCUGAUUUAUGAUCAGGCUGGAAGUCAUAAAACUAUCAUGAUUUCUAAUGCAAUUUCAGAUUUAGAUGCAACCAAAAUUGUGAUCCCUGGAGGGUGCACAAAGUAUUUGCAACCACUUGACGCACUGGUAAUUGCAAAUUUCAAAUCAAAAACAACAGAUUCAGAAUCAAAUUCCAAACAGAGCAGAUUGAAAGAAGAUCGAAAAGAACUGGAAACCUCAAAGCUCUUGAUCGCCAGCAACUGAUAA